GCCGGCCGGCGGGGUCCCCGGGCCGGCGUUGCGCGGGAUCCGAGGAGCACAGACCCGACCCGCAGAACCAGGCCGGGCGGGGAGAGAUGGCCUCCUCCUUUCUGUCCGCGGGGACCACCACGGGCGACAGCGGAGGAGACCUGAGCUCGGGGGACGACUCCGGGGACGUGGAGUCCCCCCACAGCCCGGAGGCCGAGGGUCUGAGGGAGCUGUUUGAGAAGGCUGCCGCGCACCUCCAGGGCCUGAUUCAGGUGGCCAGCAGGGAGCAGCUUUUGUACCUGUACGCCAGGUACAAACAGGUCAAAGUUGGACAUUGCAAUACUCCUAAGCCAAGCUUCUUUGAUUUUGAAGGAAAACAAAAAUGGGAAGCAUGGAAAGCACUGGGUGACUCAAGCCCCCGCCAAGCAAUGGAGGAAUACAUUGCAGUAGUUAAAAAGUUAGAUCCAAGUUGGAAUCCUCAGACACAAGAGAAGAAAGGAAAAGAAGCAAAUACUGGUUUUGGUGGGCCAGUUGUUAGUUCUCUUUAUCAUGAAGAAACCAUCAGGGAAGAAGACAAAAAUAUAUUUGAUUACUGCAGGGAAAACAACAUUGACCACAUAACCAAAGCCAUCAAAUCGAAAAAUGUGGAUGUGAAUGUGAAAGAUGAAGAGAUAUUUGGACAUGAGCAUUUCUCUACUGAUUGCCUAGGAUCCUCUGAGAAGGGUAGAGCUCUACUUCAUUGGGCAUGUGAUCGAGGACAUAAGGACCUAGUCACAGUCUUGCUACAAAAUAGAGCUGACAUUAACAGUCAGGACAAUGAAGGUCAAACAGCUCUACAUUAUGCUGCUGCCUGUGAGUUUUUGGAUAUCGUGGAGCUGCUGCUCCAGUCUGGUGCUGACCCCAUGCUCCGAGACCAGGACGGCUGCCUGCCAGAGGAGGUGACGGGCUGCAAAGCUGUGUCUUUGGUGCUGCAGCGGCACACGGCUGGCAAGGCUUAAUCAGAAGACUGGAAAACCACAGUCCAUGAUAGCAUAACUAUGAAAGAAAACUGCAAAAAUAAUCCUCCUUUUACCACCUAUCUUUGGUAUGUAUUGGCUAAUAAAAUCAAUUCUGAGGAACUGGGA